UCUGACAGGAAACUUUCUUGCUCGUUGCUCCGCUCCUCAGCAGCAGUCAGUCUCCAGAAACGGCGCAGUUUGACCGUCUGAAAUGCACUUGACUGGACUCUGCGGGACUUUUUCAUCCUGUGAAGUCAUGGCUGUUCACCUUCAUUCACCGACAGCGCGCCACUGAACGUAAACAAACGAGCCGGAGAAACGAAACUUUGGACCCAAAUGACAUUCAUGCGUUUCUAACCCACGUUGGAUUUCAUGAUGGAGACUUUAUUUUACCUGCUUGCCUUCGUGUUACCCCGGCUAUGUUCGGGUCUUGGAUACGCGGAGUCCACUACUAUUCAGACGGGUCAGAGAGCGGCGAGCAGACACAGGAACUGGUGUGCCUACGUGGUGACUCGCACUGUGAGCUGUGUGAUGGAGGAUGGCGUGGAGACGUACAUCAAACCAGACUACCAGCGCUGCACCUGGGGACAGUGUCCUCGAGUGGCCUACCGGACAUACAGGAGGCCGAGGUAUAAGGUCGCCUACAAGAUGGUGACGGAAAUGGAGUGGAAGUGUUGCCACGGUUACUCAGGGGAAGACUGCCACAACGGGCCCCAGGGGACGACCGACACUCAGGUCAACGGAGGCCGACCUCGAGUCACGCAGACCGGCUACAACCCAGACGGAGGCCAGAGGGGAGGAGGAGAAGGUGACCAGGAGAAGAUCAAGCAGCUGGAGGAGACCAUCCGAGGUCUGACCAAAGACCUCCACAACAUGCAGACCACCAUUCAUGGCAUAAACCAGAGGCUGCCUGGACUGAAUGGAGCCAUUGUUCCUGCUGAUUCAGCUCAGCCACACAUGAAGGAAACCAUCAACAACAUCCAGACCAAGCUGGACCACCUUUAUAACAGGACUCAGGUUCACGAUCAGACUCUGCUCAACAUCAACAAUCACCUGGUGAACGGAGGAGGCAACGAACUGGACGGGGCGGUGAGAGGAGAUGGAGGCGGAGGAGGAAACCAGCUGAACACGCUGAAGGAGGAGAUACUGACAGAGCUGGAGAGACGAGUGUCUCUGUCCUGCUCUGCCUGCCAGGCCGGUGUGGAGGACCUGAGGCGGCAACAGCAGGAGGACCGGGACAGAAUCAGAGCCUUGGAGAAGCUGCUCAGCUCCAUGGACCAGCACUUGAGGCAAAGCUUGGACAUCUCCCGCAGAGAGAAUGAACGCUUCCAGGCCUGCUGCAACACCGUCACAGAGCUGGAAAAGAGGCUGACUGACAUAGACGUCCGAGUCACCUCCACCUCAAACAAGUGUGACACCAUCAAGGGGCGGCUGGAUAAGGAGCUGGCCGGGACGGGUGGAGGAAAGGGAAGGGUGACGGAGGAUCGGUUCAACAGCAGGCUGAGAGACCUGGAGAAGAGGAUGAAUAACACUGUGAGGAAGGCAGAGCAAAGGUGCACCAACACCGGAAACAACAUGAAGGACACGGUGCAGAGAGACGUCACCCAGUUGCGCAACAUAGUCCUCAGUCGGCUGGACGACAACGGCUUCAAGAUCGGGAAAAUCGAGCUGGACGUGGCUGUUCUUGGAGAUACGGUGACAGACCAUAGUCGACGUUUGAGCCGGCUGGAGAACAUCACAACCUUCCUCGACAGAAGGCUAACAUCAACCACGAACUUGUGCAAUGAGACCUGUGGGCGUGAUGGAAAAGGCCAGUCGACGGAUGAGACUGUGAAAACCUUGGAGUGGAGGGUUGUAGCCAACCAGGAAGAGAUCCAGAAGUUUAACACCAAACUGAACGAUCUGUCGGUGUCGGGAGACUCGCUGAUGGAUCGAGUGUUUGACCUGACAGAUGAUGUGAAGAAGAUAAUAGCUGUCACGGGGAAAGAUGGUGAGAAGUUCAACCGGAUCGUCACAGAGAUUGAAAUGUUGGGUCGCGACUUUGAGGACUGUUCCAUUUGCAGGACUAUAGAGCACGACUUGCGCUUGCUUACUAACUCCACCACGACUGGACUGAGCCGGUGCCAGACCGAACUGACGGAUCUGCGACGAAAAGUGGACUCUGGGGAAUCAGUCUGCUCUCAGGUUUGUUCCAACCUUCAGGAGGAGGUGGGACGCCUCAGAGAGGAGGUGGAGGAAUGUACAGGACAGUGUAAAACCAACAUAAAUGACCUAAAGAAACGUCUGGAUGGUCAUUCUUUCCACAGUGGAAGAUUAGGAGGAGAUCUGAAGUCCAUCCAGGGAGAGCUUGGUAGAGUCAUGGUCACGUUUAAUUCUAUUAAUAACACUCUGAAGGGUCUGGGAAGAACCGUGCAGACACAUGGGAACACACUGACUGAUUUGACCAACAGCAAGGACGACAUCAUCUCAGAGGUGAACAACUUGCAGAAGGAGCUGACCGAACACAUCGAUGACUCCAAGCUUCGAUUCGGCGGUUUGGGCAACGAGAUCCAAAUAAUCAGGAGCAACUUCAUGACGGAGGUGGGCGAGUGCCGGCGGUCGAGCGACGGCCUGGAGCGAAGGAUCUCCAAGCUGGAGGGAAUUUGCGGACGCUUCGACUCUCUCUCAGACAGUCUGGAGAGGAUCAAGGACGGCCUGAACCGACACGUGUCUGGCUUGUGGACCUGCGUUAAUGGACUCAAUGUCACGGUUACGUCUCAAGGAGAUGCUAUCGAGAACAUCCAGAACGUCCAGCUGGAGAACAUCCACUCCAAGAUACACAGGCUGAACUCGUCAGUGGUGGACUUGGUCAAAGAGUUCCACUAUUUCACAGAGCAGGACUUUGUGGGUCCACCUGGUCUACCGGGACCACGCGGAGAAAGAGGCGAACGGGGACCCCAGGGUGCUGUCGGACCCCAGGGAAGGGUGGGACCUCAGGGUAGAGAUGGCAGGCAGGGACCCAUAGGACCCCCAGGUCUCCGAGGUGAACAGGGUCCUGCAGGGUCCGACGCCGACGUGCCACGCCUUUCUUUCUCCGCUGCUCUGACUCGCCCGAUGAGAGGAACAGGAACCAUCGUGUUCAACCACAUCUUUGUCAAUGAGAAUAAGGUCUACAACCCACAAACAGGUUACUUCACAGCUCCUGUGAGCGGGAAAUACUUCUUCAGUGGCAUCCUGACGGGCCACAAAAACAUGAAGAUCGAGGCGGUGCUGUCCAAGUCCAACAAUGGCAUCGCCCGAGUGGACUCAGCCGGGUAUCAGCCCGAAGGCCUGGAGAAGCCGAUGGCGGAGGUCAAACAGAUACCUGGAGCUCUGGCCGUCUUCAACAUCAUCCUGUCCAUGGAGGCCGGAGACACGGUCUGCAUCGACCUCGUCACCGGCAAGCUGGCCUACUCCACCGAACCGCUGACCAUCUUCAGCGGGACGCUGCUGUACGAGACCAACUGAUCGGACGCCGCGAUUCGCCGAUCCGUCAGCACGGGAGCUUCCGGUUGGUCUGUUGGACUCUAAGAGACAACAAAGACGGAUGUAAUUGAACUGGAUUCAUACAGCAGAGAGAAUUUUAUUUUUCUGUAUGUGCUAUAAGAAGAAAAACAUUUCGACCACAGUGAUUUGUUAAGUGUUUCGCAGCUUUAAGGAAAACUUUUGGUGCAAAGAGCCUUUUUUUUUUUUUAUUCCUCAGAAAAAGCCACUUCAGGGUUAUCUCUUCCAUAUUUCCAUGCCAUGUUCUAAACUUGAAUUCUUUACUGAUUACAACACUACAAGCCUUCAGGUCCCUCUUGUGUUAAAUGCAAGGCAAUUUGGUCAAAUGAUAAAAGAUUAAGGAUGUGGGUUAUUUUUUUCUCCAUGUUGUUUGUAUGUGUCCUCCACCCACAGCAUAUCAAAUGUUCAGAGGUUAUUACACUCUUCUUUUUUUUUUUUUCUUUUCUCAUUGCUCACAGUUUCAUUCUGACCGCAAGCGAAAUUCCCAGAAACGCAGCGCUGAAUGCCAAUUGUCUUGGAAAAAAAAAAGAAAAGCAGACUGAUGUAGGCGGAGGGGACAUAGUCCAAACCACUAUUCUUUAGGAGGAAAUGCACAAAUGAAGUCACUGACAGUUCAGUCGGGAAACCGCAGGAUUUUAUAAAUCAUACAAGAGCGAAACAAUAAGCCCAUUUUAGGACAUUAGCUUUUUGCCCAGGAACACGAGGGGAGGAGGGGGAUUUUUUUCUGUGUCCUAAUAAGGGACAUGUAAACUCAGUGGAGGAUCAAGUAGUUAAAGUUAUGAAGCUGUUACUAUCAGUCCAUCUUGGAGUGGAAUUUUUAUAUAACGCUCACAAUAACAAAUAACAAAGCCAUGUGUAUCUUUAUUCCUAUGCUUCAAAUCCCACUUCUUUGAUGCACUCACACGCAUCCUGAAGUCUUUUAAGUUUGUACAUGUUCUUGAAUGGAUUUUAAUAGAAACAUUGCACAUUUUCUGGACUCCAUUUGGUAUUAUAUUCACAUUAUGGCCUAAAGAGUGUAUCCACAUGUUUCCUCUCUUUCCUCACAGUGCAGGUUUUGUCUCUGCAGGAAACAUAUGUUUGUCCUCAGUCUUCAGUGUGGGAAUGUAAUUUUAUAUGCAUUGUGUAACCUUGACGGAUUGUAAAUAUUUUUCAGCAGUUAUAAGAUUUUUAUGAGUUACCACUUCACCUUGCCAGGUACUGUAUAUAUUUUGUAUGUUUUUGCCACAUGUGUGCCUCCAAUACAGAUACCCAGUUUUACACGGCUCACGUCUCACUUUCAUCUGGAUUUUGUUCUUUUAUUAAAAGAGCGACUAUGUACCCGUUUUUUAAAAAA